GGUUUUCCUUUUCCGUUCUUCUCGAGAAAUAUCAGCCCAGAACAUUCUUCUUCUUCACGAACUGGCUAACUCGCUGGAAAAGGUUGUGGACGAAUCCAACAAGAACCGAGAGGUGGUUCUUGCCCUCUAUGAGGCCUUAAACACUCGAGACGUCGACACCGUUCACAAAAUCCUUGCAACCGACCUUGAAUGGUGGUUCCACGGUCCCCCGACUCACCAGUUUUUGAUGCGCCUUCUCACCGGAGCUUCCUCCGACGAUUCAUUCCGUUUCGAAUUUGACCCUCUCUCACUCACCACCUUCGGAUCUAUCGUCGUCGUCGAAGGCUGCGAUCACAGCAGUUCAACCUCCUGGGUUCACGCUUGGACCGUGACGGAUGGGAUAAUCACCCAAGUGAGGGAGUACUUGAACACUUCUCUCACCGUCACCCUACUGGGAAACACAACCCAAUCUCCACCUUCCGAUUACAAUCCAUCACCGUCGUCAUCGACGGCCGAGAUUACCUCCCUGCAUUGUCCUCCCGUUUGGGAGAGCAGCUUUUCCAACAGGGUUGGAAAAUCAGUGCCGGGUCUUGUCCUGGCAAUUUAGUCAUUUCACUCUCUCAGAUCAGUUGCACCCGUGACUAUUAUAAAUAUAAUAAAUAAAAAAGAGGAGCUCCUUAUUGGUCUCCAACUUGCUUAAGACAAAGAGAUCAGGGAUGUAAGGCCCUGUUUGGUAGGGUCCUUUUGUUUCUAUUUUCAGUUUGCUUCGUG